AUGGCUUUAAAUAAUACCGUGGUUGAUCUUACAAAGAAUAGCAUUGAACUCGAAACUGAAAAAAUUAAAGAAUGCGAAAUAAAAGAUACUAAGGAAUGCGUUGAACAACAAAUCGACACAGCCAUUCCACAAUCGAGCGUGGAAGAACGCGAGGUUACUUUACAUACAAAACACGAGAUUAUUGACGUACCCAUAAACAAGCCAGAAGUAACCAUCACCGAUGAUAUGGAAAUCCAAGAGUUAGGCAUUAUAGAUCAUGUGGUGGAAAAUGUUGUUGUCGUUUCAUCUUUAUUUUCUGAUAGAGAUAAAGUUUUGGAUGCAGGAGAAAUUGACACAGAAAAAUAUCGUCAAGGGGUUAAAGUUUUUGUCGUUUUGAAAUUCGCAAAACAUGUUUUUGUCAAACCGCUUCAACAAAUAAAAGGUUCUGAUGCAAGUAACCAGUUCGAUGAAGAGAUUAAUGAAUCGGAAAUUGAAUUUUCGGAUGAUGAACAAGAAGCUGCGCAUAAUAAAGUAAAACUGUUUCAUCAGAAACGUCAAAGGCGAGCCAAUUUAUCUAAUAAAGACGAAAGCACUUCCACUGAAAGAACACCGAAAAUAAGAAAGCAACCAAAUCAAAAGUCAUCAUACCGAACGAAACAUAUUGCACAAAAUGACAAUUCAUUCGAAUACACUCCUCUUCAAAGACCCAGACAGGUGAUAGCAUCUAACAACUUCUCUCCAAUAAAUUAUAAUUAUUCUAUACCGAGAGUCCAGAAUCCAGUCGGUCACUCUUCUUACAGCUUCUCACCAAAAGGAACAGAGAAUUCAGCACGAAAUGAUAAUGUUUUCGAGUAUAAUCCUAUGCUGAGACCCCGACAAUUAGCAUCUAAUUAUCAACCGAUGAACACUAAUUAUCCCAAUUUGAACGUUAAUAAUCAUAUCAAUCUUUCUUCAGUGGAUUUUUCAAACAUGAUGACGCAGAAUAAUCCCCUCCAGAGAUCUCCACAAUUAACUUUAAAUACUCCGACGAAUAUUAAUUAUUCUAAUCCACCAAUAAACAUUAAUUAUUCUACCUUUAAUGUCAACACUUCUUCAAAUCAACCCUCUAGAGGCUUUCCAUCAAACACACCGCAUAAUUUAGCACAAAUUGACGAUCCAUUUGAAUACAAUCCUUCCCAAUUCACAUCAAACAUUCCGCGAACAAACAUUGACUAUACCAGGAAUACAGACAAUAGUUCGUCUAACGAUUUUUUACCACCAGACACGGCACAGAAUUCUUCGAAUUUCUUUUUUUAA